AUGUCCGCCGCCGCCCGGCUCUCCACCCACGAGCGCCGCUCAAGCGCACACCCCGACGACCGGCCUCGCCCGCGUGUAAAUGCCCAAGGAAGCUUCAAGAGCGACCGCUCGAGCGACCCCCGCCAGGCCUCUUACCACCAGCACCAGUAUUCCACGUCACAUAAGAGAUCGGCGUCCGGAAAUCCCCGGCCCCUGAGCCGCACGAUGGAGGACCGGAGAACCGAGGAGAGGAGGACGGAGAUUCAUACGGAGAGGGCAUAUGUUACGCACCGCGAACAGCUGGCUACGAGGACUAGGAGUCCCGAGAGGAAGGAGAGGGUGGAGAAGAGGGAGGCUGCGAGGCAUCGUGCGUCGGAGUCGCGUCCGAAGGAGCAGUCUAAACCAGAGGCCCCUCAGGCGCCAUGGAACCCCGAAGCGACAUUGAUACCGCAUACCUCAGCUCCCCUGGCCUGUCGAAUCUCAAUCCCACCACUAGCAUCGCAGGCACCCCAAGCCCAACAGCCGCGACCUCUAGGCGAACUGACGCUUGAGGCUCAGGAAGCCGCCAUUAUCGAAGAUCUACUAUUCACAUUUAUGGGCUACGAAGGGCAAUAUAUCCGUUUCGCUAAGACCUAUAACCCGCACGAAGAGAGGGACCGACUCACCGGCCCUGCUUUUCGCAUUCUCCCCGGCUUAGAUCCUAGCCUACAGGACCUCACAAACUCCAUGCUCAGGUUAGCGACGUAUUAUUCCGCCCUAGAAGCCUUCGUCGAUGUACAGAGCCGAGAAGAGUUCGGCGCCGUGAACCACGCGCUCUGCGCCGCCGUUCGGAAACAUCUCCAGGAUUAUCUCGUUCUCGUGGCGCAGCUAGAGACGCAAUUCCUAACAAACGAGAGCUUCACGGUUCACGCGCUCAACGUACACACGCUCUCGACGAGGCAGAUGAUGUUGCAACUUUACUCCUUGGCCCACGAAUUACUAAAGAAGAAUGCCCUCUUGGAUGACGAGUCGGACGAGUCGAGCGAUAGUGGCGACGACUUUGAAAACAUUCUCGAGUCUCUGAGGGAAGGAGGAGAAUUAGCACCAGGCAAUAUGACGGGCAAGAAGAUAUGCAAAGGAGGCGUCGUGCUGGGCAUGAUAUCGAGGAGGCUCGAGACCAUGUCGGGAGACCCAUCAGCGAAGGCGCUCCUCACAGCAUUGCUACGCGACGCCAGCAAGCCGUACAUGGUGAUGCUCAACGAGUGGCUCCACCACGGUGGCAUCAACGACCCGCAUUCCGAAUUCCUCAUCAAGGAGCAGAAGAGCAUUAAGCGUGAACGGCUCGAGCAGGAUUACACCGACGAGUACUGGGAGCGGCGCUACACCAUCCGCGACAACGACGUGCCUCCGCAGCUCGAGGGUGUCAAGGAUAAGGUCCUCCUCGCCGGCAAGUACCUCAAUGUCGUGCGCGAGUGUGGUGGCGUCGACGUCAGCAAGGAGGUGAAAGACGUGCCGACGUCGUUCGACGAUAGCCGGUUCCUCGAAAACGUCAGCAACGCGUACGCGCACGCCAACGAGUCCCUCAUGCAGCUCCUCCUCACGACUCAUGCCUUACCCGAUCGGCUGCGCUCCCUGAAACACUACUUCUUCCUCGACCCGUCGGACUACUUCUCCUACUUCCUCGAGCUGGGGGCCUCGGAGCUCAAGAAACCCGUCAAGUCCGUUAACACCGGCAAGCUCCAGUCGCUCCUCGACCUCGUCCUCCGCCAACCCGGCAGCGCCGUCUCUCUCGACCCUUUCAAAGAAGACGUGAAAGUCGAGAUGAACGAAAUCACCCUGAUAAAAUCCCUCCAACGCGUCGUCAACAUCACUGGCAUUGAGCAGGGGGAGACCCUCGCCCCCGUCACAUCCAACCAACCCAUCGAGAACGACAAGAACGCUAUCGGCUUCACGUCCUUGCAGCUCGACUACGCAGUUCCCUUCCCCGUCUCCCUCGUCAUCAGCCGAAAGACCGUCUGGCGGUACCAGGCCCUCUUCCGCUACCUACUGUCUCUGCGAUACCUCGAGUCUCAGCUCUCGACGACCUGGCAGACGCAGAUCCGCGGCGUCACUUGGGCGCACCGCAGCUCGUACGCCAAACUAGAGACGUGGAAGCGGCGCGUUUGGACGCUUCGUGCGAGGAUGCUCGUCUUUGUGCAGCAGUUGCUGUACUUUUGCACCGCUGAGGUCAUCGAGCCGAAUUGGCAAAAGUUCAUGUCCCGGCUUAAGGCGACGGACGGGGGAGAUGCUGGCAAGAUGGGCGCCGCAGAGGGGUUGACGAGGACGGUUGACGAGUUGAUGCAGGAUCAUGUCGAUUUCCUCGACACAUGUCUAAAGGAGUGUAUGCUGACAAACAGCAAGCUCCUGAGGAUCCACUCCAAACUAAUGCAAACCUGCACCAUCUUCGCCGCCUACACAAACUGGCUCUCCCGCGAACUCGAAAAAACAGACCCCGACCUCUCCGCUCCUCACCUCCGCCCCCCCAACAUGACCCUCCCCGAAUGGCGCCGCCUCCAAGCCCACCGCGCCUCCCAACCGCCCGCCCGCAACGCCUCCGACCCUUCAUCCGCCUCUUCUUCCUUCUCCGAAGCUAACAGCAGCAACAACAACCCCGACAAGCGCGUGGCGGAGCUCUUCGAGAUCAUGCGCAAGUGGGAGGGCAACUUUAGUAGACAUUUGCAGAUCUUGCUGGACGCGCUGAAUCAUUAUGCUGCGACUGAGACGGUGGUUUUGUUGAGUCUUUGUGCGAGGUUGAGUGCUGCGAACCAGGGGACGGAGUAUGCGGGGUUGAGGAGUGAGGUGGAGGCAGCGUAG